GAAAAGAAAGGUGGGAAUGACGACGAGGUAAAAGCAGGGGAAAGAGGAAGAGGAAUCGAUUAUAAAGAAAGAAGUGGUAGUAGUCGAGCAUUACCAUUAGUCGGACCGUCGUUAUCCACUGACGUUGCUCAACAGCAACCAGCAAGCUAUUGCUUGGGAUUAGAAUUCUCAGAAUUGGUGGUGGAAAAUAGAUCCAUACAACCAUUAACGAAAGAUUAUAUGCUCGAGAAAAAGAGAGAGAGGAAGAGAAUAACAAAAUUUCUUAAAAAAAUAAAGUACAAUAUUUUCUGCAAUAGAUGUCGUAUAGUAAUAUUCGUGCCCUGUCCAGAACAAAAAGCGACAACAGAGGGACCAGAAGUCAGGACUUUUAUUCAGUCGAUUACUAGGAUUUCGCAUAGCGAAACGAGGGCAAUUUUAGUCGAGUUUGAUUCCCCAGGUAAUACGAGACAACGGGACAGUAUAUAUUUUUAUUUUUAAACGCGGACGCGCACGAACACAAACACAUAGAUAUCCAUUAUUGAAAAGAUAAUAGUCAUUAUUAUUUUUAUUAUUAUUAUUAUUGUACCAUCGUCGCCGUAAUUCGUUGUAAUCGUUAAAUGAGAUAAAUUUAAGAGACAAGAGAAAGGUCGAAAAGCAAGAAAAAGAAGAUCUGAGAGAGUUCCUCUGACUAGCCGAAAAUCGAUCGACGGUGGCGGUGGUGGUAGUGGUGGUGGCGGCUCAUCGACGUAUCCGGGGUUAGCGACACCUGGAAAACGCGUGUGCAUCGUGCAACUUUCCUUGAGAUAUUUCCCAGAUUCGUGAGAAUUCCUGAAGUUAUCAGCAAUUUUCUUCGGUAGUAUUUAAUUAAUGUGUUAAGAUACAUAGAUUCACGAGUAAUAUUGAAUAAGUACUUUAAACGGAUAAUAAGUAAGAAUACUUGUCAUUAUCAUCGUUGUUGUCUUUAUCAUCGUCUUGUCGAACGGCCGACGAAUACUCCUACACGAUCAAACUUUAAAAGUAGUGAAUUUUCGUCGCCGUGACAUAUUUUUCGUUAUACUAAAACCGACGAAUAGGAGAAGACUAUAUAUGAGAGAAAAAAAUAAUACAGGUGUAAAGAAAGAUAGAUAGAAAUUCAUGAGCUAAAAAUAGAAAUAUCGGAAAAACUUGUAUUUAUUUUAGUAGAAAGUAAAUUUGAAUAAGUUUGAAAUGCGUCGAAGAAUGACAGAAAGAAAUAGGCCUCGUGUGGCCUCGACGUGAGUUAGAAACACGCGGAUCCUACUAGGAUCCUUUAAAAGAAAAAAGAUAGAAGAACGAGAAAAUCGGUCGGAAAAAAUAACGAAGGUCCUUGGACUCCCUGGUUAGGGAGGAGGAGGUGGAGGAGGAGUAGAAGGAGGCGGAGGAGGUGGCGGAAAAGAAGGAGGGAAGGUUCCUCUCGACGUGGAAUGACAAUAAAGGGGUGCCGUACUAACGUCCGGCGUGUCCUCCUAUUAUGCACGCGCUGGAUUUGAGUCUACGAAACACCCCGAAACUUUUAUUCCCCAUUGGUAUGGCAGUUGGUACACUGACGGAUAUCGCUACGAGAUUGCUGAUCGCCGGUUACAUACUCGCGGUCGUACUCGUGUGCGUUCACGCCAGUAGCAACUGGGACAAGGACGAAGAUUUAGUUGCAACCUUCGAAGUGAGCGCCGUUCUUGGGCGUACCGCUAGCUUGCCUUGUGACAUUGAACCGUCCACGCGAGAAGAUCGCGUUUAUAUGGUGCUAUGGUUCCGAGAUUAUGCAGUGAAGCCGAUAUACAGCUUUGAUGUACGAGGGAGAGCUUUUAACAAAGCUCUUAAUUGGUCAGAUAGCAAUGCGGUAGGGCCCAGAGCUUACUUUAUGACAGGCACAAAACCAGCUGCUCUAUCUUUAGAAGCUGUUCAGUUGGACGACGAAGGAAUAUACAGGUGUCGAGUAGAUUUCAAAAAAUCACCGACGAGAAACUUUCAAGUGAAUUUAACAGUCAUUGUUCCACCACAUCAACUACUCAUUUACGACAGUUCUGGAGUGGAAGUUGAUAAAACUGCUGGUCCUUUCGAAGUUGGAAUGGAAUUUGGUCUCUCCUGUGAAGUAAGAGGAGGAAAACCAACUCCUGUUGUAAACUGGUUAGUAAAUGAGAAGGAAAUAGAUGGAAGAUUAGAAGAAAUAGAACAAAAUAUCGUGGUUAGUAAAUUGACUGUACCUCAAUUACGAAGGGAGCAUCGUAACACCGUGUACAAAUGUCGAGCUGCCAAUACAAAUCUCAUACCUCCUUUGGAAAAGAGUGUCCUUUUAGAUAUUUACUUAAAACCACUAUCCGUAAAAAUAUUAUCAAAACCAUCAGUCCUAGAAACAAAUAAGGAUUAUUCUAUAGGCUGUGAAACUGCAGGAUCACAUCCCCGAGCACAAGUUACAUGGUUAAAAGGAAACGUUCCCUUUCAAAACGCCAAGGUAUUAGAUGAUGGUAAUUCUUCGGUAGUAUUAAGUACGUUAAUAUUUAGUCCCAUACCUGAUGACAAUUCUCAAAUUCUCAAAUGUCGAGGUGAAAAUCCUGAAUUGCUUGGUGCAUAUUUAGAAGAUUUCUUCCAAUUAAACGUUAUCUUUCCACCAAAAGUUCAACUACAUCUGGGAAGUACAUUAAAAGCAGAAAAUAUAAAAGAAGGCGAUGACGUCUAUUUCGAAUGCAAAGUUCGAGCCAAUCCUGAACAUCAUAAAAUAACAUGGAGAUAUAACGGUGCGGUAUUGACUCAAAAUUAUUCAGCUGGGAUAAUAAUGAGUACACAAAGUCUCGUGCUUCAAAGUAUAGGACGUGACAAUGCGGGGAAUUAUACAUGCCUUGCCAGUAACGAUCGUGGAGAAACUACAAGCCCUGUUGUUCGUUUACGAAUACAAUUCGCACCUGUUUGUAAAACAAGUCCAACAGUAAUCGGAGCAUCCUUAGAAGAAUCAGUAAAGGUUCGAUGCGAAGUUGACGCAGAUCCUAAUGAAGUAGAUUUCAUGUGGGAAUUCAAUAACAGCGGUGAAAAUUUCGAAGUAGCUCCGGCAAAAUUAGACAGUAACAAUGGUACCACAAGCGAACUCAUUUAUACACCAGUUUCUGAAAGAGAUUAUGGAGCUUUAACGUGUUGGGGUAGAAAUGCGAUAGGAAAACAAGAAACACCAUGCACGUAUCACGUCAUUCCUGCAGCAAAGCCAAGUCCUUUAAACAAUUGUACUAUAAAAGCCUCAUUGAAUCAAAGUUCCGAGAUAUUAGAAGUCGAGUGUGUACCAGGAUAUAAUGGUGGACUUCCUCAAGAAUUUCGUUUAGAGGCUUAUGAAGAUGAUUCUGAUUACUUGCGUCUCAAUGUGUCUAGUAUAUCCAUAGACCUUCCAAUUUUCCGAAUAACAGUUGCAGAUCUAUUACCUGCGACGCACUUUUAUUUAGUCGCGUAUGCUGUCAAUGCCAAGGGUCGAAGCGAAGUGUUUUUAUUGGAAGGUAUUACAUUAAGAGAUUCAGAAAAGCAUACAGAUAGUGGAAUUAAUAUGAUUCCAUUAAUUAUAUUACUUAUCGGAUUUUUAAUGGUUUUUCUAAUGGCAGUACUUUUCGUAAUGGUUAUGGUGUAUCGACGUCGAGGUAGUACAUCACCUGCCCACAUCGAACCGUACAUGAAACAACCAAUGAUAACUCCCCCAGACUCGAGAAAUAACUCGAUGCUUGACGUUACUCAUGGGGACCAUACUUACUUCGUCGAAUACACAUUGAAACAAGUCACUGAUUAUGCACUUAAUAAACAACCUGAUAUUAUACAAUCACCUCAAGAUCAAGAAAAAAUUAAACGAGAGCCACAAUUAUUUUUACCAGUAAGACCAGACACAUUAUUUGCGCCAUACGAUAUCCACAAACAAGGCCUUCAAACAAACAGAUGUAAUCUAAAUCCAUUUUCCACAAGACCGUGGGAACCGAUCAGUUUUAAAACAGAUCGCAACUUGAUGAAAGAAAUUAUUAUCGCAAAUUCUAUACCUGGUCCAGAAAGUUGCGUGUAAAAUCUUUCGAAUAGACGAGACAAACAUAUCAAGAUGGCCAAUUUCAUAAUCUACAAAAUCAUUCGAACACUUUGACGAUGAAGAGUCACAUGUCAUCGAAUCGCGAGAGAGAUAUCUUCUAAUAAAAUCAAUUACCAAACGAUUUGUGGAUAUUAACGUAAUUAAAAGAGUACAUCCAAAUGACUAAUCGCAUAAUUUAACUAAACGCUACACGUGAUGUAUUAUUCCAAGUCUAAUAUAUUUUGUGUCAAGUCU